GUUAAGGAGAUUGACUCGAAAUCAAUUGGGCUUUGCCCGCGCAGGUUCGAAUCCUGCUGUUGACGUAAUUAUUUUUUGUUUGGCUUUUGUUAGGUUGAGAAAAUAUAUUGUAGUUUUAGUGUAACACACCUUAAAAAGUUUUUUUUUUGUUUUUUCCUAAUCUAAAAAUAUAUGGUAGUUUUAAAAUCAACACCAAUAAGAAUUGUUUGAAAAGUUAUGGAAACCAACAGAAUCAGAAAAAUCUGUUAAGAAAAUGUCAGAAAAUGGAAAAAUCUCUAACUGAACAAAGUAACAAAAAAACCCCUUAGAAACAGAGGAAUCAUGAUGAGAGGCAAAAUUAUACAGAGCCGUGGAAAUGUCUGUAACGUUGUCUCAUCCAUCAUCAUGUCUUGUCCUUCUCCUCCUUCUAUUUUCCGGUCAUCCCUCCGCCUCCGGGACCUCCAUCCCCGACAUGGUGAACACGGCGGCACGUGUGUUAAACAGAGCGAGAAGAGCAAAACUUGCGAGAGAAUUUCUACAAGCGCACAACGAUGCACGUGUUUCUUCAGGCGUGCCAACUCUCGAAUGGGACAGAGACCUGGCCCGAUUCGCUGAUAAAUGGGCUAAACAACGUAAGCCCGAUUGCAGCAUGAUACAUUCAGGUGGGCCUUACGGCGAGAACAUUUUCUGGUACCGGCGUAAGAACAUGUGGUCGCCGGAGAAAGUGGUGACGAGAUGGUAUGAGGAAAGGUUUAACUACGACGUGAAAACAAACACGUGCGCAUCGGGAAAGAUGUGCGGCCAUUACACGCAGAUGGUGUGGAGAGCCACCACAGCCGUUGGAUGCGCACGUGUGAAAUGCAACAACGGUCGUGGCUAUCUUGUGGUGUGUGAAUAUGACCCACGUGGGAAUUACGAAGGUGAAAGACCUUUUGAUCAAAACAGUUAAAU